GCAAUGCGUAUCUGUCAUGGCUGCUCACUGGUGCUUGUAACUGCACAUGGGUUGAAAUGAACAAAUGUAUACAAUUACAUUGAAAUAGGCUACAUUACAGUAGUAAGGUUAUAUAUUGUCAAUUUACAAUUACGCCGAUCCUGGUUGGAAACAGUAUUGACUUCUUUGUGCGACUGUUGCACAUCACAUUUUGAGAUGGUGCGGGAAGCAGAGAUUCCCGUGCUCCGAGGUUUUCUGAAACCAAGCGAGGCAACAGAAUGGAAGCAGAAUGUUUUCAGCUCUGCAGAGGCGGGUCCCCUGCUGCAGUCCCUGUUCGAUGGAGACUUUGAGGCGGUGCUGCUGAGUCCUCAGGUCCUGGACCUGCUUGGUGGUGGAGACGGUAGCGACGGAGAGUCCAUCGAUGCCUACCUGGAGAGACGGGUCCUGGCCUACCUCAACGACAGCACACAGGAAGACAAGGCUGACCGGGAGAAUGCCUUGCUGGCCCUGGCAGUGUCCUGCCUGCACCUCUUUGCCCAGAGUAACUGGACUGGUCCCCCUGUCGCCAUCCAUGUCCCUGACCUGCUUCCUCCGGCCCUGCUCACCUCCCUCACUGAGCCUGGGGCCCUGACCUCAGCCCUGCUCAGCAGUCUUCUCCUGGAUGGAGAGUCCGUGUACUGCCUGGUGGGGAAUCCCUUCCUCCUGCUGCUGGCCAGGGUCCUGCUGGUCAACUGCUCUGCCAAGCUGGAUAGCUUCGAGCUGCUGCCUUGGUGGACCCUGCGCUACGUGAGCCUACACCAGCAGGUCUUGGAGGAGCGCUCUCCUCAGCUCCUCGGCCUGGCCCAAACCAGCAUAGAGAAAGUAAUGAAGUAUGAGUCUCUGUUCUCUGAGGGAACCCUCCGGAAUCUGUCCAUCCAGUUCCACCUGGAAUGUGGCUACACGUCUCUGACCUACUAUGAGUACAACCCAGCCAAGGAGCACUUUCAACGGGCCAAGGAACUCUCUGGCCUAGAUAUGAACAUGAUAGGUGCUCUGGGCAAACGGACUCGCUUCCAGCAGAACUUCCUUGCCCAGCUGAUCCUGGAUGUCAAGCGUAAGGACGACAUCCCAGCCCCUGAGCCAGACAGUGAGCUGACCCUCUCCCCCACCCCACUGGCCAGCCUGCCCAAGGACCAUGACCUCAGUGAUGAUACUGUGUUGAACCAGAUCAACCUUGCUGAGCCUGGACAGUACCCGAUGCCGGACCUCAGCGGUGAGGAGCAGGCCGUUAUCCUGGGAGUCUGCACUGAUUUCCAGAAAAACAACCCAAUCCAUAAGCUGACUGAAGAAGAGCUCCUGGCCUUCACCUCUUGCAUAUUGUCUCAGCCCAAGUUCUGGGCGGUGGAGGUGACAGCACUGUGUCUAAGGACCAAGCUGGAGAAGGGCAGCUCUCGGCGGGUAGAGAGGGCCAUGAUGCAGACACAGACUAUAGUGGAUUACUUUGAGGAGAGGAGCUGUCCUGUGACGGAGCGUCUGAAACUCUUCUACUGCUGCCAGGCUCCUCCCAGAUGGGCUGUCCAGAAACAGCUGGCCACCCUGCUGACAGACCUGGGCUGCACGAGCUCAGCCCUGCUAAUCUAUGAAAAACUGGAGCUGUGGGAGGAUGCUGUGAUCUGCCUGGAGAGGAUGGGCCAGCAUGGCAAGGCAGAGGAGAUCCUGCGUAGGGAGUUGGAGAAAAAGGAGACCCCCAGUCUGUACUGCCUGCUGGGGGACGUGCUGCGGGACCAGCAGUACUACGACCAGGCCUGGGAGCUGUCGAACCAUCGCAGCGCCCGCGCCAUGCGCUCCAAGGCCCUGCUGCACCUCCGGGCCAAGAACUUCCAGCAGUGUGUGGAGUGCUUCGAGAAGUCACUCCGCAUCAACACCAUGCAGCUUGGGGUGUGGUUCUCCCUGGGCUGUGCCUACUUUGCCCUGGAGGGCUAUGAGGGUGCUGCCAAGGCCUUCCAGAGGUGUGUGGGACUGGAGCCAGAUAACGCAGAGGCGUGGAACAACCUCUCCACGGCCUACAUCCGCCUGAGACAGAAGACAAAGGCUUUCCGCACCCUGCAGGAGGCUCUGAAGUGUAACUACGAACACUGGCAGAUCUGGGAGAACUUCAUUGCCGUUUGCACCGAUGUGGGAGAGUUCGCAGAGGCCAUCAAGGCCUACCAUCGCCUUAUGGACCUGAGGGACAAAUUCAAGGAUGUGCAGGAUUAUUUCUAAAAUGGAAACAUGCUGUGCUACAGUAACCCAGCUACCUUUCCGUCCACACGGGUUCCUGUCACAGAUAAGUCCCAUGUCAUAGCUUGUUCACAUCUAGGAGCAGUACGUGUAAAGCACCCAAGGAUUUGAAUACGCCCGGCUCCAUAUGCCACCAGGAGCCUUUAAUGGCACCAUACGCCUCUCAUCUGCUCGUUCCACGGCGCUGCCCCACUAACAACCAGUCGUUAACAGCACCCACGUCUCCCGUAAGGAGAGGAGCCUGGGUAGGCUUUCUCAGCCGUGUGAGAUUCCGUCUCCACAUGUUCCAGGGCACAGAAGGGUCCACUCCACACUCGCCCUCUCUUAGCUCCAUCACAGAGCCCAGGGCCUUCCAGAGGGUGACCCCCUUGGGAAUGAAGAAUAUAUACAAGAGGUUGCAGUCUGUUUGAGCAGAGCCCUCUGCCACCGCCACCUGCUACCACCUCUUUAAUACUGAAACCACUUGGGUCAGAGAGCUCGCCUAAAGGAGACCUGAACAUUCUGGGCCUCUAUGACAACACACCACUUGACCACCAGUCUAUCAUUUUGCUGCGGCUCUUAUCACGAUUUCUAAUGGAAUGUCAGGUGUCUAUUGCAGUGGGAUCCACAGACCUUUGAGGACCCUACUGACAUUCUCUGAAGAUGUCCCUGCAAUAUAUCCACGGCAAUAGUUAUACACUGCCUGCUAGGCUUAUCAAGCACUUUCAUUUGGUUUCAUUAGAAAAAAUCUACAUGAAAAAUCUGAGAAUCAUCGCUGGCUAAUUGGAAACCCACCAACGCUUACUAAAUAGAAAAUUAACUGUCGACUUUGAAUAAACGAGUCCAAACAUAGCUACUGAGCAAAACGGCAAUAUACUGUAUAAGUCCUGAGCCCCAGAAUACAUACAGAGCAAUUAACUUUAAAGAAGAUGUUCCAGCACGGGUGUAAAAGCUCUGAAUAACCGAGCUUUAGGUGUCUGGAGGUUGGGUGCUCCUGGGGGUCCGGUCAUAAUCCCCAGCCCUCGCCUCGUCCCGCGCCACCACUGUGGCGCCACUUAACAUGCACAGCCCUGGUUGGAUAUGUUUCAUUGCCUUUUCUAAUUAGCUUGGCAAAGUCAGUGGGGGUUUGAUCAAAAUGUGUUUUCCUUUCCUUCCCUCCCUGUCGUUAUUGCUCUUCUCUCUCUCUCAAUGGAUUCAUUUUUAUCUUGGCAAGAUGCUAGCGCCUCAUCAAUUAGGAUUGGAGAUGUAAACGCACAAGUUGAAAAGGUCGCAACCAGCCACCCGCUGCUGUAAAAUAUAUGUCCCUGUAAUUGGGAUGUGGAUUCACAUUCUUUAACUCUGUUCCCCAACAGUCUUCUCUCUUUUUCUCCUUCUGCACUUUACUCUGUGUUGUGUGGGAAGGAUUGGUCAGUUCCUCAGGCUCCAUCUUAUUUGGCCUUUGAGCAUCAAAUGAAAAGAUGUUCCCAUCGGGUUUAUGAGUCCUUAAUGUGGUCGUCUGAUAUAACAGCCUGUGGCACUAUUUUAGUUGCCGACAUUGAAGUCCCCAUCCGUUUCUUCUACCUGCCCCCUCCCCAUCCCUCCUUCACCAAAUGUAUCAUUGAUGUAGCACUGUUUCACUUAAAAGCACUUGUAUUUGAAGAGAGUAUUUGCAAUUAUUUGGCAUGCCUGACUCGCGUCUUUGAAUUGUAUUUUGAAUUGUGUGACAAGGCGACAGUUAACAUCAUACUUACUUCAUCAAAUCUAUUCCUGUAAGUGCUUGUUUUGUCAUCAACUUACCUUCCUUUCCUCUCCCUCUCUUUAAUUCCAUAUUGUUUGUUUUCUGAGACUGUUUUUAGUUUAUACAGUACUGCAUGGCUGAGGGGGAGAGUACUUUACAACUGUACUCCUUAUGGGCCAGGAUGCAUUCCUCUUCUAUGGAAUGUUGAGAAGCAACUAGAGUGGAAUUAGUGACUUAUGAGGACCUCUGUCACAUGCCCCUCCAUAUUCUCCGUAUCCAGUGUAUCCUAGUGAUGAAUUGUGGGUUAUGAUGGACACACACACUCACACAUUCCUUUGAGACAGAAAAUAAUGAUUUCCCUCGUAAAAAGAAGAGAAGAAAAUGGAUCAAAUCUCUCGUUACUCGGCUUACAUCAAACCUUUACUCCGUUUUCCAUCCUGCUCUCUCUCUGUGGGAGGAUAUGACUUUUCCUCUUCAUUUCACACUAUAACCGGAUACAGCAGGAAUCUGGGAGAGUGAUCUGUUCAAUUUCCGCUUUAACUUGAAUCAAAAAGUCCCAUUUAGGGAUUUAAUUUGAUACACAUUUGAUACACAUUUUCAUCGUCGACAGUCCGAUCUGAAGAAUCUUGUCUGAGACCUUCUAGGCUGAAAUUACCUUCAGACGCUGAGGUGCCCCAGUGGCAGAAGAGAGCUAUCAAUCAACAUUAACACUCAUUUACCCAGCACCUCCCCUCCCCUGAUUUCCCACAGACUUCCUCCAGCUACUGUACCAGUAGAACAGAUAACUGAUAGGUCGGACCAACCCCUUCUCAGAGCCAGUAGGCAGAGGGCCUCUGCUAUUACCCACACAAUCCCCAUCUCACAUACACACAACCCCCAUCUCACAUACACACCACCCCCAUCUCACAUACACACAGAUUAUUAUUAUGAAAUGUUUUAUCCGGUAUGAAGACAGAGUAUCUUUCUUUGGACCACACACAAACACCGACCGGCAUCUUAUCUGAGGGUCCGGAGAGGAGUGUGUGUGUAGCAAGAUACUUGCUGCACCGGUAUGGUAUGGUAUUUGUUCCAGCACCUGAGAACGUUGAGUGGUAGACUUAAACUGUGAAAACCAGGGGCACACUAAAGAGCAUCUAUAGACAAGUAGUUUGUUACAUGCAAAUGGUGAGAAGGGAAACUAAUUUAAAUCCGAACUCCCGUGGAACUGCACUUGGGGGACUGUAAAAAAGGGUGAGGUAGAAAGAGCGAUAUAGUGAAAGGAGAAGGGAGAGACACUCCCGGAUUCCCUAGAGACGGCUGUUGUUUUAAGGGCUGAGACGACCGCCAGUUGGGAGGAUUCAUCCUCGCCUUACCUACUGUCCUGCAGUACAUUUACAUUUACAUUUAAGUCAUUUAGCAGACGCUCUUAUCCAGAGCGACUUACAAAUUGGUGCAUUCACCUUAUGACAUCCAGUGGAACAGUAGUGCAUCUAAAUCUUUUAA